AUGUCUAACAUCCUCCGAAGCCGUCGCCCCACAUUCGGGCCCGAAGCCGAUAAAGAUGCCGGGGACGCUAUUACUUCGUUACCUCAGAGAACGUUCAUGUCUCUACCAACAGAGAUACAUCUCGCAGUCUCCAAAUUUCUUAUUUAUCCGGAUGCGCUCUCUCUAAAACACACCAACGCCCAUUUCUACAGUCUUGUCGACACGGGCAUCAAUCUCAAGGUUGAGUGGCUAGUAGAACGAAGGAGUCUCCACCUCGAAUGUCCAAACGACCGGCGAUGCGAUCUGGGGAGUGAUCUUCGUUUCUGCCGUGGAACUUACUCAUGCGGCGAAGACGAGAACAUGUCGAAUGCGAAUCUCGACCAGGCCUGGGAUGUCUUGUCUACGGAACAAGAACAUGCUCGCAUCGCUCACUACUGA